AUGGUGGGAGAAGUCAACCAGAGGUAUUGGUCAGCCGAUUACAUUUCCGGAAUCAAACGCACCUUAUCGCUACUGAAGGAUAACCAUUCUGUGCUUACAAAGCUGGAGAAGAGACUGCUGGAGAGCUAUCAGAGUUUAGCGUUGGUUAAAAGAGCUGAAAACCUCGAUAAACUGCUUGCUCAAAAUGAAACGUCUAUUUUUGAUGUCUAUGAAGAUGGUUCAGAGAGUCUGAGCCUAAACUCUAUGCUCAAUGCAAUAUUAGGUGGCAUCUCUGAUGAAUCAAACGUUCACCUCUCCAUGUCGGAGAAAUACAAGACAACUGUAUUGUUGCCGUUGACUUUGUAUGCCGAAUCAUAUAAAGAGUUUUCCAAGCAAUACGAGGAGUCUGUUAUGGGUCAUUAUGAAGGUUAUAAACGGCAAUUGAGCUUGACUCAAUUACGUGAAGAAGCCUUGCUAGGCAUCAUCAACAGAUUGAACAGGUUAGACUCGGAUCUUGGUCAAAUUCAAGAAGAGAACAAGGAGAAAGAACAGCCUAUCAAUGGCGAUGUUUCUUUGAAGGUUCCCGAAAUGGCAGAGUCAGCCACAGAGAGUUCUGCUGAGAACUCUGAUAUUAUUCCCAGCCAAGAGCAGGCUCAAGAGUCUCUCUCCUCUUGGAAGGAUAAAUUAUCUCGGUCUAUCGCGCUCAAUUUGAAAAACUCCACUAUCGACGAAGAAGUUUUUGAAUCUGAUGAGCAGAUAGAGCAGGCUCAGCGUCUGAGGUACUCCCACAUACUAAACGGGUCUAGACUUGCGUUGAAAUUCAAAGAGACAGUAACUUUCCCAUUAAGUUUGGCUGAAGGUGCACUUACUUUUGAGUCUUUUCAGGAUUUUCAAACUGCAUGUAUUGAGAUGACGUCUCAGGUGAAAACAACAACCACAACGGUCUCAGUCUUGAACAUUCAUUCCGAAGCAUUUACCAACGCCGAGUUGGUUCGAUGGCUCAAGUAUAGAAUUAUCGAUCAUUGGAAAGCCAAAGAAACGAACGAUGAGAAGCUGAAGAAGCUGUCGGCUUUGUCGUAUGUGUCCCGGGUUGAUUUCGCUAUUGAUCAGAUGAUAAAGAUGAAGCUUGUCAAGCUUUCGAAUUUCAGUGCCAAGAAGUUCACAUUGGGAUACUCGUUUUCAUCAGAUUCUGAAACGUGGCUUGAAUGGACUGAUCUGAUGCUGCAAUUGAGAGAUUUUGAUGAGAUCUCCAUGGAGAAAGCCGAAGAGGAUAUAUCGAGACAGGUUACGAUCAAGAAAAAAGAACGAGAUGAAAAGAGAGCCCAGUAUGAACUGAAGAAAAGGGAGGAUGAGAACAAACUAACGGACCACAUUGAUGUUAACAAAGACGCAAACCAGCAGCCACUUAAAGUGCCAAAAAGAGGCCAAAAAGAUUCCUUCUUGCCUUCUUCUAGAUUAUCUUCAGACUCUUCUGCGAUAUCAAGGAAAAUCUCAGAUGUCUGGAAAAAACAAAGCACUGGUCUGGCAGAAGCUUUUUCUGCAAUAAAAAUUGGGGCUGAUUCCUCUUCAAUUGUGGAUCCUAAGGAAUUGAGGUCGCGCUUGGACGACGAACUACACAUUUUCAGAGAAGAGUACGGAGAUUUCAGAAAGCUUGCGACUGACCUACGUUUGUCCAGAGCUGCUCUUGAAGGCGCAAUUUUCUCUGCAAACCUCCGAUUGGAGAAGAAAGAAGGCGAAAGAAUUGCUUUUCUCUACGAAACAUUGAGGAAAUUCUCCAUUUUCAUGAGCGAAAAUGCAAAGAUAGUAUCUGAUAUACAGGCUGGUAUUACAGAGGUUUUUGAAAAGGUUGACUCCGAAGUCAAAGCUCGCGAGUCUUCACAUUUUCUCAAGGCAAAAGCCCCGGGAAAUGAUAUGGGUGGGCUAUAUAUGGUGGACCCUCUGAAUAAUAAUUUCACCGAGCGAAUAAAUGUCGCAGCAUCUUCGUUUCUGAGCACCGAAAGCCACACACCAAUCGUCCUGUUUGGGGCAGAUUUACCACUCACACCUGUAUGCUCAGGUUCGGAUGAUUUCACCAAAUCCCUGCCGUUUUUUGUUUAUGAGGUACUGGAAAGGUGCAAGAGACAAUUGAAGGAAGUCAAUUGUGCUGCCUGGACAAGAGAAUACAAUCUAGUUGCUGCGAAUAAAUUAUAUGAACUGUUUGCAGUCAAUGAACCCCACUGGCAGAAAGAAUGGGCCGGUGGAUCCACUGGCAAAGAGACAUACGUUUUCAGCUCUUUCCUGGACAAAAUUGAGUCCCAAUAUGGAGAAAAUGAAAAAGAGUUGACCUAUGAACUGGUACUGGCAUUGAGACUUUGGCUGCUGGAACUCAGCAGACCAGUCAUCAACUAUCAGGCCUACGACGAGCUACGCUCUAUCUACAAAACAGACAUUCAAGAUUCCAAGGCAUCUCUUUUGAAAGUGUUGGACAGAGAACUCGGAAGAUCAUCAUGCUCUACUCUUUCGUAUAUCAUCUCUUAUUUGAUCUCUAUCUUGCCCCAGGACCAGCCAGAGAGAAUCAAGUUUUUGAAUGAGGUCAAUUCCGGUUUCGUGCCAUUUUUGCACCUGCUGUUCAGACCCAGCCCAGCAGCCGUGGAAUUUGCUCCAGCUGAUACGGUCUUCUUCUCCAAGAUGCUCUCUGACCUCCUUUCGUUGAGCGAUGGUCUGCAAAAGCUGGUGUCCGAUAAAGAGCUGAGAUUUGAGCAGCUACAGAGAUCUACAAGUGCUCGCCUGCAUCAAGAGGCCUCAAAGAGUCACUCACGAACGCCAUCAACAAACCUCAGCAUCGGAGAUGGGCUUAGAGUGUUUGGCCUGACAUCACCAGGUAGAAGAAGCAGAUCGUCUUCAGUUAACGAGCAAAGAGCACUGAGUCCAUUCAAAUCCAUUAUUGCUCCUCAAUGA